ACUAAGGACCCAUUGGCGUAUCAAUCAUACUGUAAUCCACACUGUCGGGAAAUUUAUAACACCUGGUGUACAAAUGCUGUGCCAAGAUAACAUUUAUGAUCAUUACAACAUAAUCCUCGAUGAAAUAUUCAAAACAUUAUUAAGCUAUUGGAAACAAUGUUAUGAAAAUGGAAUAUUGAAUGGAAAAAGGGAUUAUGCGCGAGUAAAGUGGCGCGACCGUCUAGUGAUGGACUUGGGGGUUCCCCGCCGUCGCCCAAUGACGGUGGUGUGAUGUGCGAGGGUUCGAUGGAGGGCGGCGUCGAUGGCGACGGGGGUGCGCCGCCCGCCGAUCCUAUCUGUCCUGUUGCCGAAGAUGAGGUGGCAUCCUUUCCAACUACGACCGAGGAAGAGGCCAAGGCCCAGCAGGAAGAACGCAAAGACAAUGCAAAGAACCACUCGAAAGUGUUGUGGGCGAACGCUGUCAACAAGGUGUCGACUGAAAGAAAACGACGGCCUCACUUUUCCAAUAUCGCUUUCGCCGUGAUGAAUUCGCAAAAAGUGGACACGGCCGAGAAAAGCGCACCGAACUCGCCCAGAUUGAUAAAACAUGACAGCACGGAUAGAAGCCUCAGUAAUCAUUUGCAAAUACCUAUGAGCGAUUCCAUUUAUAUGAAGAAUGGAAACGUUGAUGGAAACUGUCUCGCUUUGGAGGGUAAUACUUAUGACGACAAUUUUUCCACGACAAAAGUGGAUUUCGCGACUGUUUUUAAGAAGGGAUUAAUGUACAAGGGAAUAUAUUGGCCGUGCUUGACAAACAGCUUCCAGUGCAAACAUUUGGAAUUGGCUUAUCUCAGAUACUCUCACCGGCAGAGACAAAAGGCGUUGAUCAUUGUGAACAUCGUCGAUUUAUUGUUGAAGGUGGCAUUGAUUAUAGUAUGGACAACCCAAAACCCCGGCAAGAAAGAGCUGUCUUCACAUGCAGACUCCAUAAUUUGGUCAGUCUGUUGCAUGUCGAUCAACAUCGCCGUCUGCGUUUUGGGCUGGUGGAGAUGUUUCGCCAACAACUAUUUGCACUGGGCAGCAGUUUGUACGUGGCUCCUCUUAACUUUACAAAGUUUCCUUGGUCAAGGUAUUGGAUUUUCGGAAAAGGAAGAUUUGGUGUGGUACAUCCUCUUUAUAGUUUUCGUUCCUUAUGCUAUGUUGCCUCUACCCCUACGGUGGUGCAUGAUUGCUGGAUGUCUCUCAGCCACUGGACACGUCAUAAUAAUAUCCUUUGAAUUUUUCAACAGUGAGAAUAACACGGACAAUGAGGAAUGCAACGUGAGAAAAAUUAUAUCGAACAUCCUCCUUUACACGGCGGUUAAUUUUGCCGGCAUGUACACGAAAUAUCUCACCGACAGGGGUCAAAGGAAGGCUUUUCUGGAGACACACAGAUCAAUGGAGACCAGAUAUAAAACACAAAGUGAAAACGACAAACAAGAAAAAUUGCUUUUAUCCGUGCUUCCUGAUUUCGUGGCCAAAGAAAUGAUCAAAGACAUUGAAAGAGAGGAAAAAGGCGGAGUGUUUCAGCCCAACCAAUUCCACAAGAUUUAUAUUCACAGAUACGAAAAUGUUAGUAUCCUGUUUGCCGACAUAAAAGGGUUCACAGCAUUGGCAACAAAAUGUACGGCACAAGAACUAGUAAAGAUUUUGAAUGAGCUCUUUGCCAAAUUCGAUAAACUGGCUGCCGAGAACCAUUGUUUAAGGAUUAAGCUUUUAGGAGACUGUUAUUAUUGUGUUUGUGGCCUACCUGAACCAAGAUCUGAUCAUGCACAUUGUUGUGUGGAAAUGGGACUACACAUGAUUAAAGCUAUCAAGGACACCAGACAAAAAACGCAAGUAGAAGAUUUGGACAUGCGAAUAGGAAUACAUACAGGCUCUGUGUUGUGUGGUGUAAUUGGCUUGCGGAAAUGGCAAUUUGACAUCUGGUCAUACGACGUACGAUUAGCAAAUCAUAUGGAAUCAGGGGGAAAACCGGGACAAGUUCAUAUCUCUGAAGCAACUUACCAAUGUUUGAAUGGCACCUAUGAAGUUGAACCCGGAAAUGGACAAGACAGGGACUCAUAUUUAAGGGAACAUGACGUCACAACAUACCUAAUAAAACAAGUUGAACCAAUGAGAAGCAGAAGAAGAUUAGCAUCAAGGCCUAGUAUAUUUUCCAAUAAACUAUGGGAUGAGGAACAUAUGAGUGGCUUCAACUCACCAAAAACUCCAUCAACACCGGCCACUCCUCCACAACCACCAUCCAGGGAUAGAUCUGACAGUGGUAUCCAACAGAGUGCGGUGGAUGAUGAAAAUACAACUGAUUGGACUCCAGAGAUUCCCUUUGAAAAUUUGAAUAAAUCAUUGUCGGGAGAACUGGACGAAGAUGACGAUCCCAACUACCGAAAGUACGAGGCUUCACAACAAAACUACAUGCGUAAACGUGGAUCGACCAUUGGUACCACCAUUGAACAAGUUGAUGACAUUAUUGAUCACAGCAUAGAAAUUGAGAGUAACAAAAGAAUGCGAAGUGCCAAUGUUAAUUCUUGGACUUUAAGGUUUAUUAACAAGAACAUGGAAUUGGAAUUCAGUCAAUUGAGAGAAGACAUGUUCAAGUCCAAUAUGUUAUGCUGUUUUAUUAUUUGGAUUUUUAUAGCACUAUGCCAAGUUGCUGUUACUUCAUUGAGCACCACUUUUAUUAUCGCUUUGGUUGUCACUACUAUAGUUCUUACUUGCACAACCAUUCUGGUCAUGGCUGAAGAAUUCGAACAGCUUCCAGAAUCUGUGCAAAAAAUUUCUUCAGCAUUAGUACAUAAUCGCAAUAGAAGAACGACAUUCAUAUGUGCUGUUAUUAUAAUAAUGUCGUUGGUAACUUCAACUUCUUUAGAGCGUUUUAGAGGAUCUUCAAAUGAAACCGAAAGCUCAGAAAGUCAAAAUUUGAUCAAUAUUCGCAAAAUUACAAAAAGUCUUAGCUCAAAUGAAUUUGUAUUGAAUCUCUCACUGACCGCCAAAGUAAACCACAGUAUUAGAUUGAACAUCAACAGCGACAACAAUAAUUGUUCCGACCAAUGCUCUGACUCUUCCGUAAUAAACAGUAUUAACGAAAAACUAUCUAAACUUAACCAAAGCCUAACAAGAAUUGAAAACAAAUUAAGUAAUUCAGAUCGAUUUAAGCGGAGCAUAAUAAACGAAACUAACUUAAACAACUUAGAUUCGUCCGAUAAUAUGCACUCAAAUACAAGGACUCUUUUUCAAUAUUAUUCAGAAAAUGAAGUUUGCCCUCAUCCAGAAUAUAUUGUCUUUACUUGGGUUCUUUGUUUAAUAGCUUUGGCUACUGCUCUAAAAUUAUACUAUCUAAUAAAACUGUUCCUCGCUGUGGUGAUGGUCGGUGUUUACACAUUUUUGAUACUUGUCCCUUAUAAUGAAACAUUUAGCGAUAUGCAGACAACGGAUGACAUUUCCAGAAAUAGUGUCCCAAUGUCGGCACAAAUGUUGAUUUUGCUUGUUGUUUUCUUCCUGAUGGUUGCCUACCACGCCAGGCUGGUUGAGGUGACGUCUAGAUUAGAUUUUCUGUGGAAACAACAAGCCGAAAGAGAGUUACAAGAUAUGGAGGAAACGAGACACAAUAACACGCAGCUUUUAAAGAAUAUACUACCCGAUCAUGUCGCCCAACAUUUUUUGUCCAACGAAAGGAACAGUGAGGAACUUUAUGCUCUCGACAAGAAAGCUAUAGGCGUGUUAUUCGCAAGCAUACCAAACUUCACGGAUUUCUAUUCGGAAGACAUCAAUAAGGGGGUCGAAUGUAUACGACUGUUGAACGAAAUUAUAGCCGAUUUUGAUGAGCUUCUGGAUGAAGAAAGAUUUUGCUCCAUAGAAAAAAUUAAGACUGUAAGUGCCACUGCUACAUACAUGGCAGCAUCCGGAUUAAAUCCCACAGAUAAGCAGCAUAAUGUAAACACUGAUAGCCCUGAGCAUCUAUAUGCUUUGGUGGACUUCGCAUUUUGCAUGAAACAUAAACUUGAAGCCAUCAACAAGGAUUCCUUUAACAAUUUUGGCUUAAGAAUUGGUAUAUCUUUCGGACCUUUGGUGUGUGGUGUUAUUGGAGCUAGAAAGCCCGUGUUUGAUAUAUGGGGAGAUACAGUUAAUCUAGCUUCCAGAAUGGAUUCAACCGGAUUAAUUGGUUAUAUACAGGUUCCAAAGGACACUGCACAAUUGCUCCGUGGUUAUGAUAUUAAGAAAAGAGGAAUGGUGGAUGUCAAAGGAAAAGGUCGUAUGGAAACGUAUUUUGUCAUGGGCAGGCAUAUGAGCAGACCAGCAAGUUUCCAAAGACAACCAAGUCAUUAUAGUAGUUUAGCAGCUGUUGUGUAUGCCAUGGCACAAACCAGAAGGAAGCACACUGGACACACACCUGGAAGUGCAGUUCUGGGAAGGGCAAGAACCCAACAUAUGCGAGAUAACAAAUCAAAUUCAGUUAGAAUUACUGGUAAAACAGCUGGCCUGCUAAUACGAACUAGAACAACUAAAGCUCAAAGAACAAUGCAUGCUAGAUCCCAACCAAAUAUGAGACAACUUGGAUCUGGAUCUCAUCUUGAAAACAAUAAAUCCAUUGAAAGGGAAACGACUUCCACCACCAUUAAUAAGAUGGCAGUUUCCCAGUCUGCUCCACAUACCCCUGUUUCUGUACCAAAUCAUAAUGAAGGCCCAACUUUCAAAGGAGUCCCUAGGUUACUCUCUGAACCGAGUGUAAACCGUUCAAAAAGCAGCUCACCAGGUCCUAGACCCAGCAAAUAUGACAAAAAUUCAGGAAUACUGGAUCGAAAACUGGACAACAACUAUACAAAUAUUGAUAUGUUAGAAUACCACAAAGCAAAACCAACCCCUAUCGUACCUAUACAUUCACCUAAGUCUCCAAAACAUAUAGCCAAAAAGGAGUCGAGGUUUUCAUUAAGAUCUCCUUUAAGUAAAAGAGAAACAAAAAUACAAAUUGAUAGUCAUUACGGUAAUAAAAUAAGUAAGGUUCAUUCAUUAGAUGGAACUCAUGUAUAAAGUUUCACUAAUAUAUUGUGGUGCUGUAUUUAUAAAAUGUGAUUUUAAGUUUAUGAAUCCAUGCGGUUUGUAUCUUGACCAAAUAUUUUAUUAAUAAGAGACAAUCCUCAAGGAACCUCUCGCAGUACAGCAUGAAAUAAAUGUAAUCAAUGUUUAGGGAAAUACUAAAUAGACGAAUUGUAUAUAACUAUUUUUCUUCUUCCACAUAAAAGGUAUUAAUGUUUCCCUGUAACCUAGUCUAGUCAUUAUAAUUUAAGUUUUCUUACGUAGGGAUAUGUUAGUUCUGUACAAAUUUAUUUUACGGGACCAUUUUUUUGUAAUAUUUAUUUACUGACUAUUGUAUUCUAAAAGUAUUUUAUUAAAGUAUAUGUAUAUAUGCAA